GCGUUGUGUUUGCGAUUUGACAGAAGCUGAGUCGUGAUCAUCCGGUCGAGCCGUGGGUGGCUAGCGUUCCCUUCUUACCUUCCCCUUUGCUUAGAUCAUUGUGCCAGCUGGCGGAGCGGCUACACGGACGGUUAUUAGUCGCUGUUUUAGGGGGUAACGAGGGUGGUGCGUUUCCUGGCGUGUCUGUGAAAGAGCCACGGCUUGGAAAUCCGGGAUUUCCCUUGAUUUUUUUUCCCCCAUGGCCGGACGUCGUUUUCCCAGGCUAAGCUAGCACCAGCACGGGGUGACGAGUGGGGGUGGAUUUCUACAUUUCUGGCCUCGGAAAGCGAAAAUAAACACCGUCGCGGGCAUAUGUCGGAGAACAAUGACAAGCGCAGGAAUCGUAUCUAACGGGGGAGCGCUUCUUGGAGGCGAGGACGUGUCAGCGGAUGAGUAUCGGCUCCGUGAAGAGGUGUUGAGUAACUAGGCGAGCUAACGAACGCGAAGGUAGCCUGUUAGCUAAAAUCAUCAAGGAAGUUGGUUAGCCGCAUUGCUAACUCGGCGACUGAUGCAUCACUGGAACAAGGGUCGCAUCAAGCGGCGCAGUUAUAGUUAAACAUUCACUUCACAAGCUGUCGAUACUGUUUGUGAAAGCUGACGUUUGGACGGACGCGCGUUUGUCAUCCGAACGUUAGCGUUGGCUAGAAAGUCGGAGCUUGUUGUAAACAAAGGGUCCCGAGCUCCUCCUGUUCUCGGACUCGCUACACCCCCGACCAUUAGCCGAGCGCUGCGCGGGUGCCGCCGCGUUUAGUGGCCCCUCAGACAUGGAUUUAAAGACGGCGGUGUUUAACGCGGCCCGGGACGGCAAACUCCGGCUGCUCCAGAAGCUGCUGGAGAACAAAGAUGGACUCGAGGUGACCAAGUUGAUGGGCGAGAAGACGAACGGGGCCACCCCGCUCCUCAUGGCCUCCCGCUACGGCCACCUGGACCUGGUGGAGUACCUGCUGGAGUGCUGCAGCGCUCCCGUGGAGGUCGGCGGCUCGGUGAACUUUGACGGCGAGACGAUCGAAGGGGCGCCCCCUCUCUGGGCGGCGUCGGCGGCGGGUCACCUGAAAGUGGUCCAGUCCCUGCUGGGCCACGGGGCCUCCGUCAACAGCACGACCCUCACCAACUCCACCCCCCUGCGGGCUGCCUGCUUCGACGGCCACCUGGACAUUGUGAAGUACCUGGUGGAGCACAAAGCUGACCUGGAGGUGGCCAACAGACACGGCCACACGUGCCUCAUGAUUUCCUGCUACAAAGGACACAAGGAGAUCGCGCAGUAUUUGCUGGAGAAGGGGGCAGAUGUCAACAGGAAAAGUGUAAAAGGUAACACAGCGCUUCAUGACUGCGCUGAGUCAGGCAGUCUGGAAAUCAUGCGGAUGUUGCUUCAGUAUGGGGCCUCCAUGGAGCAGGACGGCUACGGCAUGACCCCCCUGCUCUCUGCCAGUGUCACGGGCCACACUAACAUUGUAGACUACCUGACCACACACCAGCAGACGAGCCACAUGGAACGCAUCGAUGCCCUGGAGCUCUUGGGCGCCACAUUUGUGGACAAGAAGAGAGAUCUGCUCGGAGCUUUAAAAUACUGGAAAAGAGCCAUGGACCUCAGGUACAUGGACAGUAACAACGUCAUCCAUAAACCGGAGCCUAAGCAGUUGAUCAUGGCUUACGACUAUGCCAGAGAGGUAACAAACGGAGAGGAGCUUGACGGGCUGAUAUCAGACCCAGAUGAGAUGCGCAUGCAAGCUUUGCUCAUCCGUGAGCGAAUCCUGGGGCCACAGCAUCCCGACACAUCCUACUACAUUCGUUACCGAGGUGCCGUCUACGCCGACUCCGGGAACUUUGAGCGCUGCAUCAAUCUGUGGAAGUACGCGCUGGACAUGCAGCAGAGCAACCUGGACCCCCUCAGCCCCAUGACGGCCUCCAGCUUGCUGUCGUUCGCCGAGCUCUUCUCCUUCAUGUUGCAGGACCGCGCCAAGGGGCUCCUGGGAACCUCCGUGUCGUUUGAAGACCUGAUGGGGAUUCUGUCGAAGAGUGUGUUGGAGAUCGAGCGAGCGAUCAAGCAAAACGGGCCCAUGCCUCCCGACCCCGCCCAGCUCAGCAAGGCCUUGUCCAUAAUUCUGCACCUCAUCUGUCUCUUGGAGAAGGUGCCGUGUACUGCAGAGCAAGACCACUUCAAGAAGGAAACCAUCUAUAGGUUCCUGAAGCUUCAGCCGUGUGGUAAGAACGGCUACAGUCCACUACACUUGGCCGUCGACCGUAACACCACCUGUGUGGGCCGCUAUCCCGUCUGCAAGUUCCCCUCCCUGACGGUGGCUUCUAUCCUUCUCGAGUGUGGGGCAGAUGUCAACAGUCGGGAUGAAGAUGACAACAGCCCCCUCCACAUAGCUGCAUCGAAUGGCCACCCUGACAUUAUGAACCUGCUGAUUUCCUGCGGGACUCACUUCGACAGCACCAACGCCUUCCAACAAACGGCCUGUGACCUCCUGGACGAGAAGGAGCUGGCCAGGAACGUCAUCCAGCCCAUCAACCACACGACUCUGCAGUGCCUAGCCGCCAGGGCCAUCGUCAAGCACAGUCUCAACUACCGAGGAAACAUCCCAGAGAAACUCGAGGCCUUUGUUCUGCUCCACAGAUAAUGAUGAGGAAGGAGUGCGGAGGAAUGGAUGGACGAGAACAGAACGGGGGUGAUUACUUUAGGUAGGUUGAAGGUUCAACACCUGGACCCAGUGUGGUUGGUGAGCUAAAAGACACAACUUUGUAGCCAAGGUUUGCAAAUUCUUUGAACUUUGUGUAUGAAGACUUGUGUGCACAAUAAUGUACUAAUUCCACCUGGAUGGACUGAAAUGAUUGGAGUUAAUGAAGGAAUAAGUGUCGGCUUUCUUCCCGCUUGCUCCUUCAUGAAGCCUGAGCCGUGGAGAUUAGGCGAGAACUGCAACAUGGACAAACACAGCUGUAUCUGUAGAGGAGCUGAGUUUACAUAUUUUUGCUUCAAGAGAAUGGAUUUUUUGCAUAUUCCACAUUGCUAUUUAUUGAAUGAAACUUGAGAGAUUUUUCUCCAUGCUGGCUUUGACCCAGCCUCAACUUUGCCUGCUUGUCUCCUCUCAAAGCAAGGAUUGAGGCGUUUCUACAUAUGCUGGGACUUCAGGUUAUAUUUUUUUUUUUUGUCUGUCCCAUCACUUUUGCCAAAAGUCAUGGACCUUUGCGCAGUCAUCAUUAGGGUUUUUUUGUACUCUUACAAUACCUUUUAUUGUCCUACAAAUCUGAAUAUCUGCCAAAUGGUGUGAUUUCUAAACUCAUUUGUCCACCUUUAGUGUAUAACAAAGCUUUACAAGAAGCCGUGUGUGUGUGUGUGAGAGAGCGAGAGAACACCAUAAGUGCUUUAUUCUUCCUAUGCACAGGCUAGGCUGUUGGAGAGACUGUUGUAUUCUGUGCCCGCACUUGUCUGUGCAAUAUCUCAUGACUUUUUGUGUUUACCUCAUUGCUGCCGUUUCCUUCAGUAACCCCCUGCUUCACCCUAAAGGAGGAGGUGGGUGCAAAACCAUUGUACUGACUGUUGCGAGAGUGGGAGCCACAUGGUGUUUCGCGUGUGUGAAUGAGCGUUUGUGGAGCUUACGCCGAUGAUUGAGAACGAAUGAAGUGGCACUCAUGGAGAUUCCAUAACGCACAUGACUGCCACUGAAAACUACAGUGGCCAAGCUGUCUACAACCUCUGUGGUGUUAAGGCUUGUACUCAGAAGUGACCUCUAAUAUUCAAAAAUGGCUCACCUUUAAAAAAAAAAAAAGCCAUUUUAAAGCUCUUUCAUCAUCAUGAUCUAAAAAGUCUGGGUAGGUGAUUGACUUGUGCAUGUGCAGCAUCAGCAGCAUAUCACCCAACCGGUCACUGCAGACACUUAACUUUCAAACUACAUUAAGUAUAGUUCUGCACAUUUUGUAAAACUGUCAUCCAGUUGUACCUGAACUGAAGACACAGAUGAGUAGGGGGGCGCCUCGACGUACAGCGUAGUAAAGCUUUGUGGAUAAUCUUGUUUUUGCACAUUAGCUUUAGAUGUGUGGGUUGAAAAAAAGGGCUUUUUCAUAAUUCAUAGGUUUUCAUAUUGCAGUCUGUUUAACCUGACAGUUCAAAACCAGACAUAGAAAAUGUAUGAGGACUCCCAGGGCAACUUGAUUUGAAUCUGCACUUUACUACAGUGGAGUUUAAGAUUUGAUAUGGCAUUAAUCAAGUUCAUGUCUUAAUAACCAGUUUGACAAUAAACCCAUGUUGCACUUGU